AUGCUGGGAUCUAGUACUGCAGAUCACGUCACGGGGCUCACAUACGUGUUUCUCGUGACUAUUCCCGUUUGGUAUUUGAUAUCGUAUCUGACCUCCCCUUUACGCCGGUUUCCCGGACCAUUUGUCGCCGGAUGGACGAACCUGUGGCGAAUGUUCCAGGUGCGACAGGGAAAGUAUCAGCUAGUGAUCCAAGACCUGCACAAGAAGUACGGUCCAGUGGUGCGAAUCGCGCCGAACGUUUUAGACCUGGAUUUUCCGGAAUUGAUCAAGACAAUUUAUAACGCCAAAGAAGAUUACCUCAAGGCCAGUCCAAUUAUGCCUCAACCCCGAACGGAAUUCUAUCAUGGUAGUAGUGCCAAGAACGAUGGAAAAAUCAUCUAUAAUCUAUUCAGCGAAUGUACUCCGGAGAUCCAUGCUCAGCAGAAGCGACCUAUCUCCAUGCACUAUUCCCUUAAGGGAAUACUAUCACUUGAGCCCCAUAUAGAUGUGAUGAUUCGGUAUUUCUGUCAACGAUUGGAGGAAAACUUUAUCGAUGCACCAAACGGCACCCAAAUAUGUGACAUUGGAGAGUGGAUUUCAUUUUAUACCUGGGACGUUGUUGGCCAGGUUUUAUUUAGUCAGCCUAUAGGAUACCUGGAGAAGGGCUGCGAUUUUAAUCACACCGUACGAACUGCAGAUAUUGCGAUGGACUACUUUUCAUUAGUAGGACAAAUGCCAAUCCUCGACCGCCUAUUUGACAAAAAUCCUAUUUACCGGCUUGGGCCGCCCUCUUUUGGCCCUAUCACGAACAUCUCGAUCCAGCAUCUAGUAGAUCGGCUUCAGAACAACGACACCGACUAUCAUGACCCUAGCAAGCCUGACUUCCUUGACAAGUUUAUCGAAGCAAAAGGGAAAUAUCCAGACGUGGUCGAUGAUACGCAAAUUGUUUCUUACCUAAUGUUCAAUAUGAUUGCGGGAGCCGACACAACGGGCAUCACGCUCAACGCAUCGCUCUACUUCUCGCUGAAGCACCCACAUGUCUGGGAACGCCUAAGAUCUGAGAUCCCAACGGAAAGUUUUAGUUCGGGACCAGCGGCGUACAAAGAUACAAGAGAAUACCCAUACUUGAAUGCCAUUGUUCGGGAGGCAAUGAGGUGUCAUCCCGCUGUUGCAAUGCUUCUGGAGCGAUAUGUACCCAAAGGAGGACUUGACCUUCCCAACGGACAUCAUAUCCCAGCUGGUUGUGUGGUGGGAAUGAACCCUUAUGUCCUCGCGCGCAAUAAGUCUGUCUGGGGUGAAGAUGCCGAUGUGUUUCGGCCGGAGCGUUGGCUACGCAAUGAGAAACUCGAAACCGAGGAAGAAUUCGAGAAACGUCUCCGUCUGAUGAACAAUACCGACCUAUCAUUUGGAGGUGGAAGUCGUGUCUGUAUCGGUAAACACCUGGGUCUUCUUGAGGUGUACAAAGUGCUUGCAACUCUUGUGUCCCGCUAUAAUAUUCAUCUGGUUGAUCCGAAGAAAGAUUGGAAGACCCACAACAGCUUUUUUGUUCGACAGAGUGGUAUUAAAGUGAGACUAUCCCGUCGUGAAUGA